GGACUAGCUCCGGAUAGUCUCCGUUAGUGUUACUACUGGGCACCACCAUGAACAGUGCAGUGAGGUAAAAAAAGACGUACGAGGAAACAACACAAUCAACAUAGAGACUAGGCAGUCUAUGCUGUGAGAAAAUAAAAAAGGAAGACAAGUAAAAGAGGAAGGGACGAUGGGUUGGGAACAUAAAAUGACAAGUAUGCAAAGGCAUAAGUGUAUGAAGAAAGGAGACGCAGAAAUAAAUGAAGGGAAAAAACAGGUAGUGGUAGGCAUGGCCGAAGAUGUCACAAUAGCAGUUGCACCGAGUGACACUGAGCACGCGUCUUCAACCGCCCACAUCAUCUUUCCCCACCGUCUCGACGAAGGAGUCCCCUCUCUUUUAACGUCGACAAGUAAAAGCUCUCUCGCCUCUGAAUAGCUACGAAAAGCUCAGUCGGUCGCAGACCCGCGUACCAGCAACUGCACGUGCUGGUAAGAUUUUCGUGCUUGAUGUAAAAACGGAGGAAGGUAACGACAGUAAGGAAGUGUGUUGACAGUUUUUAAAAAUAAUGAAGGACAGUGCUAGUGAUAUGAAUACUUGACACAGAUUUUUCCUUUUCUUAAUAUAAAAUACGACUGCAUACCGGAUAUCUUGUUUGGAUCCAAGGAUAAUGAUGGGUAGUACGUCGAUCAUAUCUUGGGCGAGUAUCGUCGUCAUUGUCAUUAACUUCUACCCGGUCAUCGCUCAAGAAAUGAACUGCUGCUCCUUAGCUGCUGGUUCCUGUCGCAAUGUGUGCUCCAAGAUACCACUGGUUGCAUUGGGUGCUGAGGCUGAGGCUAGGAAGAACGCGACCUCGCGUCUUUUGGAAUUCUGCUCCACUGAAUUGACGAACUUUUGGAACUGCGUCAAUUCCACGCUCAGAGAAGCGGCGGAGAAUGAAGAUUGGGCGGGACGAGGCUGCUGUCACUUGGCACAAAAUCCAAUCUGCAGAUCUACUUGUGCCUUGUCAGGCUCCAGGAGUGACCUAAAGGGCGUUUGCCGCGCUAGCGAUGAACUUGAAUUUUCUUCUUGCUUGGAGAGACGCGAAGAUGGUGAGACUUGCUGCAGUGGAAUUGCCAAUUCUACUUGUAGAUCCGUGUGCAAGGAUAUUUUUCAUAAACCUGGAAAACAGUCAACUCUCAAGCUUUACAGCAGUAAAGGCUGUUUUCAUCAAAUACCUAAAUGUUUAAGAGCCGCUGCCGGAGCGAAGAAUAUUGACGAUCCAAAGCAGUAUUUACAUUGCUGCGACAAGGCAACGAGUCCAGGGUGUUUGGUCACUUGUCGGGAAACUUUACACACGGCAACAACGGAUACUGACAUUUUCGAUGUUCUGUCAAAUAAGUGUAGUCCAGUUCUGCCGCACUUACCAAUGUGGAGUUGUUUUCUAAAUUCAACGCCAGCGAAAUCAGCCCGCCUGCCUCUGGACUUAGGUAAACUGUCCUGCUGUUCAAGAGCAUCAACAUCAUCUUGUAAAAAUCUAUGUUGGCGAGCAUUUCAAGCUGAUUGGGAGCAAGCUUGGGUCCAGUUGGAUGAAGAGUGCAUAUCUUUGCCAAUAGAAUCUGAAUUACGUCGGUGUCUGGAAGAUGCCGAUGAGACCUGCGAAAUGGGAUGUUCUGGACUCUCUUAUUGUGUUCAGUACAAUGACAGACCAACAGCUCUAUUCAGAACCUGCUCACCGACAGCGGAUGAGGCAGCCAAAUGGGAAGCAAAUCAUUGGUCCCGUGGUGGAAUAAUCUCAGGCCUUGCUGUACCGGUAAGGGCGGCGCAAUCAUGUCCGAUCGAGACGCUUCGUGCAGCUGCGUGCCUCCUACAGUUGCGCCCUUGCGAGUCUCGGGCUCAUGAGACACGUUUGUGCCGCGAGGAUUGUCUGCAAUUAAUGACUAGUUGUGUCGACUGGUCAGCGAUUAAGGGGCCCCAUACGGCAACGACACUAUGCUCUAAGUUAUCGGUACCUAGACAAGAUAUGCCAUGCGUGCCGUUUUCAGUAUCUUCAACAUUUUCUACGGACACCCUUCCUGCGGAACCUGCUCUGCGACCAGAAGAAGACAUAACAACUCCUUGCAGGCCUAAUCCAUGUCGCAAGGACCAAGUGUGUGUGUUGCAAUCGAACAAUCCACAACAUAUGGAGUGUCUUCCUGGUUGUAUGCUUGGCGUAAUGUCCAAACAAGUGGUACCCGUAGGUACCUGGGUACAAAUCCCAAGAGUAGAUAAGCAGGGUUGUUUGAAAAUUUGUCAAUGCACUUCGCGGGGAUUGGAAAAGUGUCGUAUGCUGAACUGUUUCGCCUUGAAUUCUUGUUGGAUUCAGAACCGUUUUGUGGCCCAUCGAGCAAGUUUCUACCUGGAGUGUAAUCUGUGCCAUUGCUUCGAGGGCGAAGUGACCUGUUCUCGUAGAAGUUGUGGGGAGUUCAGAAUGCCUGCGCUGCCUUGUGAUUGUCCAGCUCAUUAUGUUCCUGUCUGUGGCCGUCUUGGAGUUACGUUCGCAUCAGCAUGUCUAGCCAAGUGCUCGGGCCUGUCAGCUUCAGAAAUGGAAUUUGGAAGCUGUUCAUCCAGAGAUCCUUGCGCUUCCAAUCCUUGCGACAGUACUGAGAAAUGCGUGAAGAAAGUUCGAGUAUGCUUGUCGCCAAUUCAUAAGCCCUGCAGGCAAUAUGAGUGCGUGCCUUUGAACUGUGACCUUAAGGAGGAUGAACCAGUAUGUGAUACCGAGAACAAACAGCAUAAGAAUUCCUGUGCAAUGGUUCGCAUAGGCGCUAGUCUAGGUUAUAGGGGACCUUGUCUAAAAGAUUGUAGUCUCCGUGGUCCCGUUUGCGGUAUCAACGGGGAAGUGUACAGCAGUGAGUGUGCCGCCUGGGCCGAAAGGACAGUAGUAGAUUAUCCAGGUCCUUGCAUAGCUGUAGGAUUGAUCGGCGAUAAGGCCAAACCACGUUGCGGAGAAGCAGUUCAGUGUCCACCUCUGGUACAACCGUACUGUAUUGGCGUGACUCCUCCAGGUGCUUGUUGUCCCGUUUGCGGUGGUGCAGCGAGGCUAUUCUACUCUAGAAAACAGUUGGACCGGAUUUUCUAUGUGAUGGAGGAGGAAUCAGAUAAGGAUGCCGUCACGCUGGAGACUCUGUUGGUUGCGCUAGGCCGACAGGUCCAAGUGGCGCAGUGCGCUUUGCGAGGAAUGGCCACGCCGGAAGGCGAUGUGUUCGUGGUGAGUCAACCGUUACCGAAGAAGCCUUCAACACUUCAGAUGCAGGCGUGCAUCCAGGAAAUGGAGAAACUGGUGACGAGGAUCCAGGAGAGGAGUCCAAGAAUCGUAGCUGAAGUUCCAUUGGGUUCUUUGACCAAAGCGGAAACCAUUUAUGGUUAUAUUCUGAAUUCAGCCACGACUCCUGUACUGUGUAAUCUGGUGAUCAUGGUGCCGCUUCUAAUUAUAAACAGUUUUGUAUGAUCAAUAAGCCACUGAAUGAACAUUCAAGAUUCACCUAUUGUGGGUGCAAAAAACUAUAUUAAAUCUAACGUCGGUACCGUUUGGUGUACCAGCCAAAUAGUACCAUGUUUAAGUCUGUGAUUCAUCUAGUGCCUACGUAGCAUACAUUACUAGUAAAAUAUGAUAGAUGAUAGUACGAUUCAUCAUUUGAUAUUGCCAAAGAGAAGCGUAAAAGAUAAAAUACAUCCCAAGCGCGUCUGUACAAAUAAUAAUACACAAGCACGGUUUUGGACGUAGAAAUCGCUCAAUACGACUGUCAAACCGGGCAGAUCAUUGUAAAUUGUAAAUAGACAAAGUCUCAAUGUAUGUAAGUUACCAGUUCAAGUCUAUGCCAAAUACAAAAGGUAACAAUGUUUUGUAAGGUAUGAAUCUGAGCAAGAAAUAUGAAUGAAAUAUAGAAAAUAAACUCUUUGCUAGCCUUAAGGAUACUCCUUUGUUAUUAUUGUUAAAUAUCAAUUUUUUGUAUUGUAUCGUAUGUAUAAUAAAAUGUCUAUGGUAUUUAUCAGGUGCA